GCUAAACUUUACCGUCAAGGAAUGGCAGUACAACGCUUUUCAGAUUAUAAUUCCCAUAAGUAAAGUAUUUUGGGAUCCAUCGUUUCCUAUCCCAGCUGCGUAUGUUCCAGUACUCCCAGCAAACAUAAUUGGUAGUAAUUUUAUUAUUGACUUGUACUGGAUCCAGCAAAUUGCUUUAAAAGCCGAGGUGUAG